GGUUUACGUAAACUUUUAAUUGUAAAGUUAUCUAUAAAACCCGAUAAUUAAGUGCAUUUUCUAAAUUUUAACCACUCGAGAUUUACCAUGGCGGCCAAUCUAGCACGUUUGCUGGAGUGUAACAUACGCUGCAACAAUGCAGCAGCAGUGCAAAAUAGUUUGCGGCUAUUUAGUAAUCAGUGGCAGCAGCAGACGGAAGUGGAAGAUGAUGAAGAAUUUCGUGUGCUCAACCUGCGUACUAUUAAACAGCAAGCACGCAGACGGGAAAUAAGAAAGGAUGCGGUGCAGCCACCACGCACAACGCGCAUGUCGGUCGAUCAGGAUUGGACGGCCGUAUGGUCCGGACCGCGUUCAUUUCAUCCAGCCAGUGUGCCGCUGCCAUUGCGUCAAGGCUACACAGAGCGCGGAGCAGCUGCGCCCUCGAAGUACGCGAAUGCAGAGUUAAUGAAAAUACCAAAUUUCUUACAUUUGACGCCGCCAGCUAUACGGCAGCAAUGCGAGGCAAUCAAGAAGUUUUGCACGCCCUGGCCGAAAGGCCUAGAGACGGAGGCCAAAUGGAAGCAACCCUUUCCUAUCGAAGUUAUCACUACAGACUAUUGCCACAGUCUACCAACAAUACGACAUCCGGAGGCUCGCCGCGUGACCAUCAUGCUAAAACUAUCCGAUUUGAAGUUCGAUGCACAUGCAAAAGAUAAAUUCCUACGCCUUGUUGGCGAACGAUACAACCAGGAGACUGGAGUGUUAACAUUUUCCGCUGAUCGCUGCCCUAUGCGCAAGCAAAAUUAUGACUAUGCUUUAUAUUUGUUAACGGCAUGUUAUCACGAGUCCUUUGUCACGGAGCCAUGGGAAGCUACCAAAUCGGAGGCGGACAUGGAGGUGUAUCAAUUUGAACGAAACCGAGCGAAACGUUCCGCCGAGGAGAUACUCAAUUGGAAUGCAACUGGCGAACAGAAGGAUGCGCCCAGCGCUAACUAUGCAAAAAGUGUGGAGGCGUUGAUAAAUGAGGGUGAGAACGAGUACAACAUAGCCAAGUAUAAGGAGGAAGUACUGAAAAUGUUAAAAAUAGCUAUCUAGUAAGCAUUUCUACAGAUAU